GGGUCGCAUUAUUAUCCCCCCCGGACGCGCUGCGUUACUUUUAGCCGCGCCGCCCGCCGCUGCAGCGCCUGGGGCCGGUGGGGGAGACCCGGAGCCGAGCCAGCACCGCGCUACGCUGCUGGCCUCAGGUUCCCUCAGCCGCUCCCUCCGCAACCGCCGCCCUGUCAGCAGGACGCCGACACCGCGGCCCUUCCCAGGCGCCACGGAGCCCGCGGCCGCCACCGCCCUCCUUCCCGCGGGGAUCCUGAGGCAGCCGAGCGCCUCCGCCCGCCGCCCGUCUCUGGCGUGAGGCAGCCGGAGCGGGGAUCGCCUGUGGCAGCCGCAGGAUCCCUGCCCUAUGCUGAGAAAGCCAGUCAGACUCUCAGCAAAGAUGCUUAUAGUUCAGCAGCGGCUGCGCCUGGUCACCUCAAACUGCCCGCCUGGGGCACCAGCAGCGCCAGGGAGAAUCACACGGAACGCCGGUUUCUGUCUCCCACCGACCUGCAGCAGCCAAAACCUCCCGAAAUCACCUCCCUCUCAUCAGACAAAAAGAAACGCACCAAGCCUUCUCUAGAAAACAGCACGGGGCUGAGGAAACACCUCUUGCAGUACGGAGGGGCCCUGCCCCUGGAGAGCCCGACUGAGGGGCCUUCUCCCGCCUCCUUUGACUUCAACGAGGCAAACAGAAAGCACACGGACAGACGGCUGGCCGAGGCUGCCAACAGCGUGUCGGCUCACUUCCAUCACACAGCAUCUUCCUACCAAAAGAUGACAUCCUUAGUGGAGGCUUAUCCUUUUCCAGACUCUGGAGCAGUGGAGUCAGAUGAUCCUAACACGCUGGAUCACUUGAACCGACCAUACAAGAUAAUGCCCUAUAAACACACUGAUCCCUUCAAGAAGGUCACCAAACCCUCCUGGGUCACCAACCGCCAGUCAUCCAGCUUGCCGUACCACUUCAGCACGCUGAAGAAAGCCUAUGCGCCUGUUCUAGAUGGCGAUAAGGAGAAGGCAUGUCUGACCGAGUGCAGGAAAGAGAGAGACGAAGUGGAGGCCUACUGCGCGAGUGAAUUCGCAGUGAAUGGAAUUGUUUAUAACAUGGAGAGACUGGGGAAUGGAGUCCACUUGAUUACGCUUUUGGUAAACAGCGAUGGAUUAUACAAGAUGAGUCACCUGUAUAUUACUCCUGAUGGCUUCUUCUUUCGAGUUCACAUUCUAGUUGUGGAUACUUUAAACUGCAGUAAACCAUGUCUGGACUUUAAACUUGGCAGCAGAUACAUUGUGAUGGGUCAGAUCUACCACAAGAGACGACAGAUCCCUGCGAACCUGCUGCAGUUCCUGCGCGGGCGCCUGAGGCCAGGGGACGGCUUGCUUGGAAGCAGCAGCAGCUACGUCAAGAGAUUCAACAGGAAAAGGAAUCGCCAAGUGCAAGCGGCUCACACUAAAUGUAGCUAAGACUCCAGUAAUCUCCGUCUGAGGCACGGGCAGCAGCAGAAUUCACCUCCCAGAACAAACACGCUACAGGCACGUUUUGACUAGGUACCCAGAUAUUGUGAAGUUCAGCACAAAAAUCAGUUUAGGGAAUGUUAACUGGUCAUAAAUUUGCUCCAGCAGUUGUGAGAGACAGAGGUUAUUAUUGUCUCCCCUGCUGGAACGUACCCGAUAAUCUGUAAUAACUGUAAGGUAAAACUCCGGAGGCAUUGUUCCAGGUACACGAGAAGUAACUGCACUUUCAAACCCUUAACCUUAAACAAGUGUUAGACGAUGCCAUCUAACCGUAGCUUUAUCUAUAGAGGGUGGUCAUCGCGUUUUCAUACAAUUCUGCCUGAAGUAUUUCAUGCAUUUGCUUCAAAAGAAAUCAACAAAACUAAGUAUCGCUUGUAUUGUUUUGGUAUCCUCAAACAUGUCCACACUACUUUUCAAAAUCACGUCAUUCUUCAAACAGAGCUGUAUUUUCACAUGAAGCGUACAAAAUAGCUAUGUAAUUAUUUGAGUAUAUGAAUACACUAACCGAAAGCAAAUCAUGUAACUGCACAACACAAAUGCCCAAUUAGGCUUACAAAUAACGGCACGAGUUCAUGCCAAGGAAUGCAAAAUAAGCAUGGAAUUGCACGCACAUUUUGUAUGCCUGGUUACACCGUCAGUUCCUUAAAAGUUCAGCCCUAGAACUGUGGACAGAACGUCAUUUUCACAUGAGAAAUAUUACCAAGUUUGUACGUGCACAUCAGUAAAGUUACUUUUUGAAUCAAAGAUACAAUCUUGUACUACCUUUAGUGUGGUGGGAUGUAAGAACCUAUGAAACAUCUGCAAAGGGGGUCUUACUGCUGGCUGUUCCAAGAGUCGAUGUUCACAGACGCUGUCUUCAGAAGAAACCCCUAAAAUGUUCAUGCGGUUCUGGGUUCGGUUUCCUGGGUUCUGAAAGAUCCCACAGGAUUACGCAGUGAUGUUAAAUAAUGGCAUCUCCUUGUUUGACGAGUUGGCUGGGGAUUUUAAGGUACGUAUUUAUAUAAAAAAAGGGAAAUGCAGUCUAGCUGAAUAUACGUAGAGUGCUAUAUAUGAUGGGACCUGGGACAGGAAGCAGCGGCUUUUAAAAGCAUUUUCUGUUUUGAAGCAAAGGGAGUUCUAACACCUCGUACACGUCUACAGCUCGAUUCAGUGUCACCGAAAACCUAUGGAGUGGCGGAUGGGCGGUAAGGCACACGGGAUGAAGUAUUUCUCGAUAUAGAAUAGGAGCCAAAUACCAAGAACAAACAUGAUGUAUUUCGGGACCCAGAAGGCUGUUGCUGUAGGACAAAUGUACUCAUAGCUCGUGUCCGUCUGAAAACUGUCUCGCUUUUGUUAGGUGGAAGAUUUCGCACGGAGCGCAGCAUACAGAGAUGGAAUCUUCCUGAGAUUUUGAGGGGGCUUUUGAUUUGGCAGAAGGACUGUUCCUGGCAAUGAAUCAAAGCGCUGGGGUGGACGGGGAGGGACAGGAGGAGGAAGGAGGAAGGGUUAUACAUGUGCAUCUCAAGUUUCUUUGUUUCUAUUUUCGACUGAAGACCAGGGACUAACCAGCAAGUCCUACAGUCAGCCAUUUACCCAGAACAGCAAUUAAACACCCUUCCCCACCCCCAAGACAUUACUGUAAUCUAAAACAGGCAAAGCGUGGGUACAAAAAUAACAUCCAUGGCUAGAUCUCGUUUUGAUUGUCUCUCGGAAGAGAUCAGUAGUAGAGCAGUGCUAAUGACAUCGAAAACCCGAGUGAAACGCCAGAACCGACACACGAGAUGCGCACCCCUCUCAGAUACAGCUAUUGCUCUAGAAACAGGCCUGAAGAGCAAUUCAUUCUGUGCUCUCUUUUUGCGUUACAAAGUCAUCUUACCUUUCCUUUCCUGCUUGGAAGAUCACUCCUGAAAAUGCGAUCGCAACAGCUGAGCCCUGAGCCACUGUAUUUCACGGCCCAACUGAAAUACAGCUGGAGCAGGAGCGUUAACGCCUGUUCCUACCAGGCUUAUCGGAUGCUAAUUAACACACUCAAGAAAAAAAAUUCCUGGAUCAAGUGGAUUUCCACAGUCUCGCACUCGCCAUUACAAAAACCUCACAGCAUUUACGACACUGGUAAGAUGGCACUUCGAUCAAUAGCUGCCUCUGUAAUUUUGAUACCCUAUAGUUCAUUUUUUGAUGCCUUACAUCAUUUUUUCCCCAGCAGAAUAAGCAUGAAAAUUCUGCAGCCAAUACCCAGAGAUCCAGGUGUACAGGAAUAUUGUUGUCUUCCUGGGGUUAACUCAAGGCUUGUGGGUAAGCCAAAUGUUUUAUUCUGCUUUAAAUCCCAUUAACUUUCACAGGAACUAAAUCUAGACCAAGGAUAAUUGCUUCAAAUUUGUUUGAGGAGACAAAAGACAAUCAAGUUGGUAUAGCUCACAUUACCAAAAUCUGAAUUACAAUAUAUGACCAUUUUGAAACAAACGUUGCAAAAAUUUAUAAAAAUACAAAGAGGAGAACGACUGAACAGAGAUCACAAAUCCUAUGAAUUUACCGUGCUUUUAAGGAAGGCGGGCAUUAAUUAUAAGACUGCUAUAUUUUCAGUAACACAAAUAAACUAUUAAAGAAAACCAGUAAUAAAUCAAGAAAAGUACCUCGACCUACUCAACGGCAACUGAAAACACUAAAAAAGGCUCUCGGCACGAUGAAAUGGCAGGUAUGCGUUAUUUCCCUGAUCAACCUGACUCCCUGGCAAUUAUCUAUAAUCUGGCAAAGCCAAGACCUGCACACAAUUAACAUUAUCAAAUGUUUCAUUAGAAACACCACCAAAUCACUGUCAAACACGUUACUUUAUUUGUCUAGGAUGAUGUGUCCUAUAAGGUACAAAAAAGUACUCUUCAGUUUGCCACAAUUUGUUAAAAACAUAGCGAUCUAUUGCCUACAGGUAGGAAAGUUUUAAAUGAUGUCAUAUAUGUAUUUAUAUAUGAAUAAAUAGUACAGAAAUACUGUGAAGUUUUGACGAGAUGCAGGAUAUGUUCAAAUGCUGUUAAAAG